UUUGGAGACUCUGGUUUGUCCUGGGACCUCAAGGCUCUCCUGGAUCUAAGAAGGGACUCAGUGGCCAUUGAGGACGUGGCUGUGAACUUCACCCCAGAGGAGUGGGCUUUACUGGAUCCCUCACAGAAGAAGCUCUACAGAGAUGUGAUGUGGGAAACCUUCAGGCACCUGGCCUCAGUAGGAAUAACAUGGGAAGAUUGUGAUCUUCAAGAUCAGUACAAAGACCAGGGGAGAAAAGUAAGAAAGCACAGGGUAGGGAGACUCUGUGAAAGUGAAGAGGAUAGUCAGUGUGGAGAAAACUUCAUCCUUCUUUCAAAUCUCAGUCUGAACAAGAAAACUACAGGAGCUAUACCAUUUGGAUGCAGUGCAUGUGGAAGAGUCUUCAUGCAUCAUUCAUCCCUUAAUACUCACGUUAGAUGUCACACUGAACAUAAAACAUAUGAGUAUCAAAAAUAUGGAGAGAAGCUAUAUCAAUGUAAGAAAUGUGGGAAAGCCUUCACUUAUCACAGUUUACUUCAAAGACAUGAAAGAACUCAUAGUGGAGAGAAACCCUAUGAAUGUAAAAAAUGCAGUAAAGCCUUCACUUCUUCCAGUUGUCUUCAAAGACAUGAAAGAAUUCAUACUGGAGAGAAACCAUAUGAAUGUAACAAAUGCAGUAAAGCAUUUACUUGUUCCAGUCAUCUUCGACUUCAUGAAAGAAUUCAUACUGGAGAGAAACCCUAUGAACGUAAGAAGUGCAGUAAAGCAUUCACUUCUUCCAGUUGUCUUCAGCUUCAUGAAAGAACUCAUACUGGAGAGAAACCCUAUGAAU